GGGCAGCAGGAAACAAUAGAGGCCGCGCGCGGAGAGCGAGCGCUCGUAGCCUCCCCGCCCCUCCCGCAACGGUAGACCUCGGGAUCCCACUGGCUUGCCUGCCCGCCAUGGCCGACAAGGAAGCAGCCUUUGAUGACGCAGUAGAAGAACGUGUGAUCAACGAAGAGUACAAAAUAUGGAAAAAGAACACCCCUUUCCUGUACGAUUUGGUGAUGACCCAUGCUCUGGAGUGGCCCAGCUUAACUGCACAGUGGCUUCCAGAUGUAACCAGACCAGAAGGGAAAGAUUUCAGCAUUCAUCGACUUGUCCUGGGGACACACACGUCGGAUGAACAAAACCACCUUGUGAUAGCCAGUGUGCAGCUCCCUAAUGAUGAUGCUCAGUUUGAUGCUUCACACUACGACAGUGAGAAAGGAGAAUUUGGAGGUUUUGGCUCUGUUAGUGGAAAAAUUGAAAUAGAAAUCAAGAUUAACCAUGAAGGAGAAGUAAACAGGGCACGUUAUAUGCCGCAAAAUCCUUGCAUCAUCGCAACAAAGACUCCAUCCAGUGAUGUUCUUGUUUUUGACUAUACAAAACAUCCUUCCAAACCAGAUCCUUCUGGAGAAUGCAACCCAGACUUGCGUCUUCGUGGACAUCAGAAGGAAGGCUAUGGGCUUUCUUGGAACCCAAAUCUCAGUGGGCACUUACUUAGUGCUUCAGAUGACCAUACCAUCUGCCUAUGGGACAUCAGUGCUGUUCCAAAGGAGGGAAAAGUUGUGGAUGCGAAGACCAUCUUUACAGGGCAUACAGCAGUAGUAGAAGAUGUUUCCUGGCAUCUACUUCAUGAGUCUCUGUUUGGGUCUGUUGCUGAUGAUCAGAAACUUAUGAUCUGGGAUACUCGUUCAAACAAUACUUCCAAACCAAGCCACUCGGUUGAUGCUCACACUGCUGAAGUGAACUGCCUUUCUUUCAAUCCUUACAGUGAAUUCAUUCUUGCCACAGGAUCAGCUGAUAAGACUGUUGCCUUGUGGGAUCUGAGAAAUCUGAAACUUAAGUUGCAUUCCUUUGAAUCACAUAAGGAUGAAAUAUUCCAGGUUCAGUGGUCGCCUCACAAUGAGACUAUUUUGGCUUCCAGCGGUACUGAUCGUAGACUGAAUGUCUGGGAUUUAAGUAAAAUUGGAGAGGAACAAUCCCCGGAAGAUGCAGAAGAUGGGCCACCGGAGUUGUUGUUUAUUCAUGGUGGUCACACUGCCAAGAUAUCUGAUUUCUCCUGGAAUCCCAAUGAACCUUGGGUGAUCUGUUCUGUGUCAGAAGACAAUAUCAUGCAGGUGUGGCAAAUGGCAGAGAACAUUUAUAAUGAUGAAGACCCUGAAGGAAGUGUGGAUCCAGAAGGACAGGGAUCUUAGAUUCGUCUGCACUUGUAAUUUUAGACUGCCCUUUUUUCCCUUUCAACCCUGAUAUUGAUUUAACACUGGUUUUGAGACACAGACUUUGUUCCGCUAUCCCUCUAUAAUAGGUACCAUCAACAAUGCUAUUAGCCCAAACCAAGGGUGUUUUCUAAAUAUUAACUGGGGACUUGAUUCAGCAAAGCCACAGACUUAUAUUUAAAUUUUCUUCAGGAAUUUUCUAGUAACAAAGAUCUAAAGUAGCCACCAAAAGGCGAAUACUGUGUAUGGUUAUUUUAUUUUUCUUCUUAUGCUCUAUCCCCAAGUUCUUCAGGCUCAUUUAAGUAAAGGCUAGAAGUAAGGAAUAGAGCCAAGUGAGGUAGGUAUGGGAGCCAUGAAGUAUAAGUACUGCAAGAUGUCAUUUUUUUUUUU